GGCCGGACCCGGAAGCGGCGCGGCUGAGUCACCUCGGCAGCGAGCGGCGGCGGCGGCGGCGAUGAGGCAGCAGCCGCGGCGGGUGGCGGCGUUGUCGUCGUCCUUCGGUGCCUGAGGAGCCUCCCCGCGGCCGCCUGUUCUUCUUCCCUCCCGCCCCGCUUGCCGCGCCCCAGCCCCGCCGCCACCAUGAUGGAGGAGAUAGACCGGUUCCAGGUGCCCGCCGUGCGCGCCGAGAUGCAGCCGCUGGAUCCAACAGCUGCAUCUAUUUCGGACAGAGAUUGUGAUACGAGAGAGGGAGAGACUGUAGCUAUGAACUAUAAGCCGUCCCCACUUCAAGUGAAAUUAGAGAAGCAGAGGGAGCUGGCUAGGAAGGGCUCCCUGAAGAACGGCAACAUGGGAAGCCCAGUUAAUCAGCAGCCCAAGAAGAACAACGUGAUGGCACGAACAAGGCUCGUCGUUCCCAAUAAGGGCUAUUCGUCAUUAGACCAGAGUCCAGAUGAAAAGCCACUGGUAGCCCUGGAUACAGACAGUGAUGAUGACUUUGACAUGUCCAGAUAUUCCUCCUCUGGUUACUCAUCAGCUGAGCAGAUCAACCAAGACUUGAACAUCCAGCUGCUAAAGGAUGGGUACCGGUUAGAUGAGAUCCCAGAUGACGAGGACCUCGACCUAAUCCCCCCUAAAUCGGUCAACCCUACCUGCAUGUGUUGCCAAGCCACCUCCUCCACCGCCUGUCACAUCCAGUAGUGAGGCCGGCAGGCUGUGAUCAGUGCUUUCCACUAUAACUGUAAAACUUAACAGCCAUUGCUUCCUCCUAUGGUAGGACGUGCACCUCUUUGUGUUCAUGGAGCCAGGAGAAACCAAAAAAUUCAUUUUAUGAUUGGUUGAUAAGUUAUUUUAAACUACGGUUAAAUGAAAAAGAAGUUGCUCAAAGUGGUAGGCAGUGCCUAGCAGAACUGACUGGUCUGGAGAGCGAAUGCAGAGGGGUCCAGAGAUACCUCCUUGGUUUGCGUAGGCACUGGGGAUGUUUUGUAAGAUGUCUGCUCCAGAAUCGGAAGGGUCAGAUGGGGCUGCAGGUAAUCCUGCCCGCUGAAACCAAUCCAUCUGCAAGAUCAGGGGUGAGUCUGAGGUGUCAGGAGGUUUUGCCAGCGAGAGGAGGUCAGUUCUUAAUUCAUUCACCAAACCUGUUUCAUUUGCAUAACCAAAAUGAUGCUGUAACUGGAGCACAGGAAUGGGAACGGAGCAGGGCAUCCUUUCUUAUGGCAAGGCUAGCCAGGACUGGCAUGACACAAUUCAUUCACUUGCGAAGAAGACAAACAGGUGGCAUUUCACUGUGAGUCAGUACUAGCUAGAGCUGUUGUGUCACAUAUUCAAUGCAACCUACACUUAGCUCCACAUGAAAUUACCACCAAACACAUCAGAUUUGAUCUGCAAUCCAUCCAUGAUCUUCAGGGAUUCAGUCCUUGACCAAGAAUAUCAUACUCCUGAGUUCAGUCCAGUCACAUAUAUUCACUUCAGCCUAUACUUAAUUCCCAUGAGACUCAUCUGCUUCCAAAAAUCUUAAACUUUGUUCAACUAAGAAAAAAGGAGUCCUGCACGAGACAGGACUAGAGCUGUACGGUCUGAAGGUCAGUGCCAGAAGAGCUAGUUGAAGAAAGCACAUUUUUACAGUGCUUGACUGUUGAUAUUCUCUUGACGCUGUGUCUCUUGGUGCCUGUGGGAGAGAUUUGUUAUCACUGAAGGCAUCUGUGUGGUGGUGUCAGAUUUUAGGGGAGUUUUCAGCAACAGCUCAAAAAAAAAAACCAUGAGAGGAAACUACUGUUUAUCCCAUCUCUGUCUGCUUCUGAACCAGGCUUGGUCUGUUAGAGCUGUCCCACAUCAGGAGCAAUUGUGUUUAUUUCAUGCUGGAAUAGUCAGGAGACCUGGUGUUACAUUAGGUUGCUGGACUGAAUUGCCAGUUCACCAGCAGAUUGUUUUGAAUGCAAAAUCAUUUCUGGAAUUAAGAUAUGUGCGUCCUCUCCCUGGCUGGUCUUACACUGCUGUCUUCAGCAUAUGCGGUGCUCAGGUGAGGGAUGGGCUGGCAUUUUUCUCAGUGUUGUAAUCUUUUGCCACAGGCACGACUGUCCGUUUUCCUGCCCCACCAGGAGGAAGGACCAUCUGCCUUGGGUCAUCGCUUGCUUCACAGAUUGGGGAGGGGAAAAAGGCAGGGCAAUUCUGAGCUUCCCAUCAGAGUUACAAGGCAGAGCCUGAGUUCCACCCAUCUGAAAUCUAGAGGAAGUGAGCCGAGUCUUUAAGAAGUCCUCUUCAUGAUUAGGAGGAGAUUUAUUUAACAUCCUGGGGUUUCAGUCUGCGCAAUACAAAGCAUGAUACCAUCCACAGUGUGAGCAAAAGAGCAGGCACACAAGAUUCCUCGGCUUUACUAUUCACUAGCAGGUAUGGGCAACUGUUAAAGCCCCCCCCAUCCCCAAAACCAGUGUGCUGCCAUGGUGGCUCCAGGCCAUAGAAAGAGGACUGAGUGGUGAUGCUGACUGAGCAUGCUUGCCUCUUCGUGCAGAAGCGCUGGUUAACUUGCCAGCUCCUCUAGGAAGAGUGUUCCUCAAGUGAAUUCCUCUCCCUUUCUCACCACCUGGUUAUGCUGAGGGGGAAUAUUUCCAAAAUGUUUCUAAAGAAGCACAAAGCAUCAGGUCUCCAAUUCUUUGCUUCUUCCUUCAUGUGUCUGCUUUCCUCUCCAGUGCUAACUCAGGUUGAGGUUAGCAAUUUGUCUGGAGGUGGGGGUGUACACUGUGUAGAGAGAAAACAUAAAAGGGAAAAACAUUCCUUAAGGAGUCUUUUUUUUUUGUUAAUGGGGAAUGUUGUCAAAACCUAACAGAAACACCAUGGUCAAACCAAAUCCUAUAGGACAUGACCAAGUCUCUUUAAAUCUUCACUCUUCUAAAGAGGAACUUUGCAGUUCAGCAUUGGUACCAUGCAGUGUCUUCAUCACAUUUAUCCUCCUGGGUCAGUUUCUGUGCCUUCCAGCUGGGCUGCACACACUCAGCCUUUCCCACAGCCCUUGCUCAGGAGCUUGGAGCAUUUCAGUGUGCCUGCUGGAGCAACAAGCCAUCUGUUUACAUGGGUCAGCCAUGGAGGGCUGCAAGCCUCACAGGUCUCCAUCAUGCUGCCAUCAUGUUCAGUCUAAGAUGGAAUGAGGCUUGCUGACACUGUAUCUCCCAGGGUUAACGCCUCCCCUCUGAAGGACAGACCUUCCCUGAUACCCAUUGCCCCAUGGCACCACAACCAAGUCCUUCUAUUGCUCCUAUUGCCAUUUUUUGCCUGCCAUGUGCCCUGAGGCAUUCCUCAACUCUGCAGCCCUGCAACUGCCCUCAGCCUGUUGCAUUGUGUGAUGUGCAUCUGCUUCUAGCACAACCCUUUAGGGAGGGAGGGAGGUGAAUUUCCAUGUUACACCCAGUGCUUCCUCCAAAUACAGACUGAAGCACAAGCCAAGUGUUUUUUCCUGUGCACAGAAGGAGCUGGUUGCACAAAUAGCUGGUUUGGCAUGACAGUACAGGACCAUAAAAUGGCAAUUUUUUGGCUUCUCCUCUCUAUGCUUUGUGUUCAUAUAUUUUAUUAGGGGAUUAAAGUAGAAAGGGUGGGGAAAAGCAGUUACCUGUGUAGGGUCAUUAUCAGGAAGGCUGAAUGGAUUAAGGUGUUGCACAUGUGGCUAUCAUAGAAAAUUAAACACUAACCCUUCUGAACCGCAGCCCCUUAAGCCAGUUAUGACCAUGUGGCAUGUUUGUUGGCUCAUUAUGGAAUAUGGUAGACAGCCUGUCAGUAUGUAUUAACCACAGAUUGGGCUGCCUUCCCCUCUCUGGUCUCACGUUCAGACCUUUGCUUCAGCCAGAAGGUUUUUCUUGUGCCUUCAUUGGAUGUUACGCUGUGGUGACUUCCCCGGAAGGUGUAUAGACACAUGCCUAUUCUGGCACUGCUCUCCUUAGAUCAGUCCCUGCCGCCAUGGCCUGGAGAAGGCAAAAGCAAAGAGCACAGACCUGACUCUCUGUCGCAGCAUUAUGAAGCCCUAAAACCUGCAGAGCUGCUGAGCACUCUCCUGAAAGCAGAUUGCAUGCAGGAAAACAAAUCAUUCCUUGUUCCAGUCUUGGCACCAACCCAGAUUGUCUUCUCAGGCCCCAUUUUCAGCCCAAAGUUGUACAAAAUACGAAGGGGAGGAGCACCAUGGAGUAUAAAAGGCUGCAUCACUGUCCAUCUAAAUUACCUUGCAAACAGAAUUUAAAGAUAUUGAUGCUGGUGCCUCCACAAAGGAAUUUGCAUUUGAUGCCUCCUAAAGCCAGGCUGGCUUAUUGUUGGGAUUUUAUGUAAUGUCAGUCAUGAAAUUACCAGAGUUUAAGCAAGUCCUUUCCUUUUAUCAAAUGUUAAUUUUGCCUUUUAAUGUGAGCUGGCUUUGAACUCCAGGGUCUCUGCACUCAACUCUGUCUCUCUGAUCUGCAAACUUUACAUUUCCAGAUGUCUGAGGAGGAACAUCCUCCUAGUGUUAAGGAAGAUCUCUAGAUAGCAUGGUCUAGCCUGCUUUUCUGGUGGUUGUAAAUAAACUUUGGGUGAAAGGAGGCUGAUGUCCAGGAGACCAUCCCGUAGGCUCAUUUGAUGUUUUAUCAGACAUACCUUGAAGUCAACCCUUGGAAGAGCCACUGGAUUAUAUCUGAGUUUGCUGCAUGUCUACCCCCAACAUGUACACUUGGCCAUUGGGUCUGCUAUGCUGUUCUGGCUGUCUUGCCUGCAGACGCCUUGCAACUGCAAAAGCAGGCAACCAAGCCUGCUGCAUGGACUUUGAAAAGGACUUUAGGACGCUCCCCCAUGGACAGGAUGGACUCAGCUGCUUCUGGUUUGUCUCUCCAGCUCCUUUCCCAAAAGGAGGCACCUGCUCUGCUCAGCUGUGUGCUGGCUGACACAGUGGUCUGUGAUCCUGAGCAGAAUCCUUCCCUCUCCACGCAGCAUCUGUCCUCAGGCUGGCCUGCAGGCUGUACAACAUCAUGCAGGAGGCUUGAAAAGUACUGCGCCCUGUAUAUGACUCAACAGAAAGACGAAGAUGCUUUUGAAGAAAGGAAGGACCCAGCUGGGCACCAGAUGGAACGACAGGAAAAGGAAAACAGGCAGUAACUAGAAAGGUUGCCAAGUGCUGUCUUGGCCUAGGGCAGAUCUCAGUUGUCCGAGUUAAUCUAUUUCAGUACAGUGCUGAUACCAGCAGGGAGCAAAGCUCUCUUUCAAAUGCACACAACAGAAACACCAUGUCCCCAAGCUGGCACCACAGCCAAAUACUACUGCGGAGAGUCUGCUGGACUGUUAGAGCACAGAAAUGAGAUUUGGGGUCCCUUGCUGGUGUUGGCAUGUGGUACACAUUUGCUGUAACGUCAGGCAAGUCACAUCCAUGAUGUCCAUUCCCUUCUGCAGCCCCAGAGAAACCUGCCUUCCCAAGGUGCUACCAGUACCCUGCAUGGAUGUUCCCAAGUGUGUGCAUGCACCAUUGACAGAAUAGCUCUGCAAGCAAGAUGCAAAAAGCAUGCUAUAGAAAUUUUAUGCGUGUUUUCAAAAUACUACUCUGCUUUCCCUCCGUUUACCAGCUUCUGAUGGUGUUUGCAUGUGCCAGAAGGCUGCAGGGCGGAGGUUAGUAGAGAGAUUAAACAGCUUUGGGGGAAGAUGUUUGGCAAGAAUGUGUUUCCCAGUUAUUUGGCAGCUGGCUCUCGCACAACUGGCUUCUCAAUCUGCAUGCUGCCACAGGGAACAUGUAAAAUGAUCUGGUAGCCCAACAGCACCAUCCCCUGCUAGUAGAAUUAAGGAAUUUAGGAGUGCAACUGGGAUAGCAAGUGCUGAGGGGAGGGAAGAGAGCACUGAAGGGCUAAUUUGGGAUAUUCCCGUGGCAGUUUUAUGCUCUUACUUUUAGCAUCCGUGUAAUCAUCUGAAUGUAUAAACUGGCAGUUUUGCCUGGUGGCUUCCUUUACUUUUCCAUUCUUCCUUCAAGCUCACAUACUGUAUGGCCACUCUUGCCUAGAAUGAAGUGGGCUUUGUCACCUGGCUGCUGCUUGACUCGGCAAGCACAGGCUGCAUGUUCAAAAGAAACAUCUGCAUGGAUGGGAAGUGCCACAGGGCAAGCUGGGUUUAGGUUGAGCCUAAGGGGAAGGCAUGGGAAGGUCUUCAUUUUAAGGUGCUUUUCACCUAUAGGAGAACACGGCAUCCUUGUCACUUCCUUUCAAGGCUUUCCUGUGAGAGGGAUUGCUCCAAACCUUGACCCACAUCUCAUCAGACAAACUCACCUCUCUUACAGAGCCACGCAAGCCCUGGAGCAGAAGGGCCUGCAGUUUAGUGCAGAGGAAGAGGUUGUGACCUGGGAUUACCUACAGAGAUAAUUGCAAAUUUCUUACAGGGACUGGCAUCCAUAUUUUAACUCCCUGUAUUAUGCAGCUGAGCUGCUGCAUUGCUUCCAAAAAAUACAACUACCUUUCUUUGGCCCCCUUGACACUGGUGGCAAUCCCAGGAUCACAACAGCUAAAUGCUGCCUGGCUGAGCACUGCUUUGACAGCUUGCUGGGGAGGCAAAGGCUAGGUACUAAUUGAGAUUACAUGGAGCAGAGCACCAUGACCCAUGCAGCAAGCCAUGUCACAGAGCAGCACAGACACUGGCAGGACAGGUUGAAGCUUUCACUGGUGUCUGUGGAGAGCAGCUCUUCCCAUUGUUUCCCAUCCAUUAGCCACUGGUGGUGGCUCUGAGCCAUUCUCCUUCUCUAAAAAGCUGCUCCAGCAAAAGAUAGAUUUGUUCCUGGAAGGAGCCUGCCUCUCUAGUUGUGCCUGGUCUGUGGAGUGAUUUCCAUAGUAACAAAUGGUGGGAUUGCAUCAGGGAGUGGAAGGUACAAAAGAAGCCUCAUUAAAAUCUAACUGUCUCAGAGGUGUCACUGGAAACCAGCACAGUAGGCAUCAGAAAAGAAAAAGGCCACUGAAAGGCCGUGCUGAGAGAAGUUCCAUUAACUGCUGAGAUGAUUAUCCUCCUGGAGCAGCAUUUCUGCCCUAGUUCCCCAUCCACGUGUCCCAGGUGAGCUCACCAGGAAGCACUGCUGUCCACCCAGGCUGCCUUCUUGCUUCUGCACCUCAAAAAAGCUGUGACUCCAUUUGUUACCCACCUUCCUUGAGCCUGCGUGAUUUGGGAGAUGCAAAGUUUGUUGGCAGAUGUAAUACAGAUACAUGGAGAGAGCUGGAAAACUUGAACAAGGUCUCUUCACAACAGCCCUGCUGGUUUUUAUCGCCUUCAUCUCCAUCCCCAGCUUACAGAUUUCUUUGCUCAGUUUCUUUGCACGGAAAAGCUGUGGUAGCAGCUGUAUUCGGCUUGUGUCUGCCUCUGUACUGAGACAAACCCAAAGCAAAUGUCAGACCAGCAGGAGAUCCAACAAACAUGAUGGUGUGUGAUCCAGAGAGCAGGCUGGGAUUUCUCUUCACCUGCCUGAAGGCUGUGGGGCUGAGGGUUCACCGGGCUAGUGUAAAACCUUCAUCCAGCAAGCCGCCUUCACUCUCCCAGUCUUAAUACUGUGGGAGGUCUGCAAUCAUCCCACCCAUGCACCAGGUCCCAGGUCUGCCAGCCCAUGUGCUCCUGGUACUGGAGACCUGCAGCAGAGGCGCGGGUGGGAUGCCUGUCGGCUGUGCUCUUGCUGCACUGGGGCAGGGUGCUGUAAGACACACCGGUAGGGCUGUAGUUCUGCAGGGAGAAAGACUCUUGCAGAGGAUGAAGUCUUUGUAGGGGAUAAAGUUCAGAAAGGUGGGUUUCCCCCCCAUCCUUUUUGCACAUUUUUAACCAUUUUUACUCCUUCCAAAGAGGUUCUUGAACCUUCUGUUUAAUAAAGGAAAUGAGCCACCAUUAAAUAGCUUUCUGAAGGGUCUGAAAGCAGGCGCUACUUGCAUGCAGAGCUGGUCUGUGCCUAACAGGCAACUUCCAGACCUCACUGUACACCCUGUAGCUGAGUCACCCUGUGUGCUGUGCAGGGACUGGGGUGGAAGAGUCAGCUCUGGCCAUUAUACCAAACAGCCACGGCUUCCCAAACUGAAGAAGAAGCAGACCAAGAAGUGGGGGAAGUAGCAGCGACAGUAGAAGGAUAGCUAGAUGUCACAGGUAAUCUUCGGUAUCCGUGUCCCGUGGUUAGUCCUAGAAUUGCAAGCCUUGUUAUAUUGCACACGUCCUCCUUCCACUCCUCUUUUCUCAAAGCAGCCAUUGCCUUUCCUGCCCCCCACCCCAUGCACUAGUGAUGAGCAUCAGAGGCAGUUGCACCGAAGUGACUCUCAGCCCAGUUCUGCAUCCCCCUCUCCCAUCCAAACCCAAGGCAGCCCAGACAGUUGUUGGCCAUCACAAGUCUAGUAACUCCGCUUGGGUUUCUUUCCUCGUGUACCAUAGCUUCCUCAGCACGCACUCUAGCUGGACAGUACAGGGGGCUCUCACCGUGUCCCAAGAAGCUUCUUUGCCCCCUGGCAGCACCUUGCAGACAUGCACCUUACUGGGAAUGUACUGGGUCGACGCUGGUGAGAUCUGGCGCUGCUGAUUUUGCGUAGGUGGCAGCUGAUGGGGAUCCACGGGGGGAAGCUGGCAGAAAGUGGCUACUGUCCCUUUUCAUUUUUGAGGGAGAGGGGGAUUUUUUUUGGCAUUAUGAUUAUUGUCCACCUUCCAGUGGCCAAGUUAUGGGCUGCAUUAAUAAUUGGGGUUAAUUGGCUGUCCGGGCAGGUAUGGAGCUUCACACCAACCUGAGUAGCAAACGUUGUGGCUGGAUCCAGAGCCUGGGUACAGUCUGGGUUUCUCCCAUGCUGGCACAGUGCUUACAGCAGGCUCCAGAUAGACCUUUCUGGCAGACAGGGAAACAGCACUCCUCCGAGUCUGGAAUAAAUAGCACUUCCAUUUUGUGUCCUCAGCUUGGAAAAAACUCAACCAAGCAAGUAUUUCCCAGGUCUCCUUUCCCCGCGGUGCCUCGCACCCAGGGCAGGGCGGGGCCGGGGGGGGGGCAAGAGGCAUUUCAGGAUCACCAAAAGCGCAAGGUCCUUUUUGGAUGUAUUUAAUGGAAGUAUCUUUCAGGAGAGACCUCCCGACCUUUGCGUUAAUCUCAAGAGCAGGAGAUGAAUUUCCAGCUGUCCUCGCAUAUAGUGAAACAUAGCUAAAACAGCCAAAUGCAAAGUAGAGUUAAAUGUAGGGUUUGACCUGAAUAACCUUUUAAUUAGGACAAUAAGUUUGUUGUAGCUUGACCUUAGUCCAUGUUAGGAACCUGCUAAUCAUUUGACAUGCAGAGUGUAUUAAUGCUGCACUUAACUUGGCCAUUGGUUUUACUAUCUGGUUUUGGGAGUUUUUUCACUCCCAAAGCAUCAAUCUGCAUCUUGUAUAGGUUUUCUUUUCUUUCUUUUUUUUCCUGUUUAGAACAAGUAGCACAUUUGUACUUCUGUUCCUGUCUGCGUAGAGUAUUGCCUUAAACAGAUCAGUUGUGUUUUGGUUAGUUUUGGGUUUUCUUCUACCUACCAUCAGUUUUAUGCAUUAAUUUAUUUUAAAAUGUGGGGUUUUUUUGAAAAACAUAAAACAUGUAUAAUAUUUUUUUUAACAUUUCCAUUGCAGUAUUUAUCAUUGUUACUGGUUGUGUGUAGUGUAACAGAAUUAAUGAUAUUAAAAAGCAUACAUAUGAAAA